UUAUUCAUUCAAAGUCGCCAGAAGUCGUUAUCGGUUAUCGGUUUCUAUUGUGUUGGUAAAAAAUUUCAAGUGCACAGAAGGGGGCCCAUUAUCGAAAGGCACCGAAAGGUUGAUGUGUGUCGCUAUACGCCGUCGAUGUUUGCGCUUGUGUUGGUGUGGGUUAGUGAUUGGUAACAAAAACAAAGCCCAUUGUGGGUGAGCGAAACGGAAUCGGAGUGAGAAAACGUCCUUCGCGCACACACUUUCUGCCCCGUCGUCAUCGCGCGUGGUCACAAUUUGACCGAAAGUCCCCCGUUCGGGCGUCAAGCUCUUAAGUGUUUCGAGUGUGUUUUUUCGUUCGGCGAUUGAAGGGCCGCUACGCAAAGACGGGCCUCUGCAAGAGUGAGUAGAGGAGGAAGGAACGGCGGUGAGCGAAAUGUCCGAAGGAAUGCCAGGUACGGCGAAACCUGCUGGCGUGACGUUAAACGCAGGAAGCGCCGGCGGUGGCGCAGCAGGUCUCGUCGGUGGGGUGGCGGUCGUCGCUGCCACGGCUACGAUUGCGAAUAGCGCAGCAGCCGCAGCAGCAAACAGUAGUGCCAAUCCGAAUGGUCCCAACACGAUGGCAGCAUCCCAGGCGGAACCGGAUAUGAAGGGUUGGCUGCUAAAGUGGACAAACUAUCUGAAGGGCUACCAAAAGCGUUGGUUCGUGCUCUCGAAAGGUGUACUGUCCUAUUACAGGGCUGAACACGGAGCUGGAGCGUAUGCCGGGGGCAAAUUAUCUAUAAGACGCCGCAGGAAAGGCCCCCGACCCGAGAGCAAAGGAACUAUGAUGCAAUGCUUAAGGGCCCCACGUUCUCCAACUAGAUUGGUACCCUCGGUGCCCGACUCGAAUAGCAAUAGCAAUGGGCUGCUGAAGAAGCAUAGCAAAAAGAUGAAAAAAAACCAGGCCGAGAUGGCGCACACGUGCCGCGGUACCAUCUCCCUGCACGGGGCCCUCAUCCACACCGUCGACUCCUGCACUUUCGUUAUCUCAAACGGCGGCACGCAGACGUUUCACAUCAAGGCCGCCAACGAGGUCGAGCGCCAGUCCUGGGUAACGGCCCUCGAGCUGGCCAAAGCGAAAGCAAUCCGGGCGAUGGAAAGCGACGAGGAAGAGGAGGAUAACACGGCCAACACGAUACCGAGCGAGGAGCUGAACCUGGUCGUCCGCGAACUGACGAUUAAGUUGGAAAAUUUGAAAACUUGCUACGAUCUUAUCACCAAGCACGGGGCCGCGUUGCAGCGUGCCCUAUCGGAGCUGGAAUCGGGCGACGAUUUGGCGAACAAGACCAAAAUCGUCAGCGAACGAGCGACACUGUUCCGAAUAUCCUCGAAUGCGAUGAUCAAUGCUUGCUCGGAUUACCUACAAACGUCACAGACCCAGGGACACAAGUGGUCCAAGAUGCUGCAGCACGAACGAGAUCAGAAGCUGCACCUGGAAGAGAUGGUGGAACAACUUGCACGACAACAUUCGCACCUCGAGCAAGCCGCAAACCGCCACAGGCCCAAUGUUGCAGCUUCCGCAUCGGAUGACGAAGAUAACGAAUUUUACGAUGCACAAGAGGAGGGUGGUUCCGUUGCAUCCCAGGAGGAAAGCUCAUUCAUACUAAACAUACCGGUAUCGAUGCAUCACAACCACCGAAGGAAUUCGAUUGAUGCCACCGGAAGCUCGUCCGAAGGAGAAGAGGGCAAUAGUGAAACGCAGCAAGUAUUAGUGGUCGCGGAGAAUUUACACAAUAUGGACGUCACCGAUAGAAUAUCUGUACACAGUAGCCAAGCACUUACACCGACAAUAGGCAAUCAAUCCAAAGUGGUGGUCCGCAAGCGGAGAACGCGUGUCGCGGAUAAGCCCAACUAUCCGCUAAACUUGUGGUCGAUCAUUAAGAACUGCAUCGGCAAGGAUCUGUCCAAGAUCCCGAUGCCGGUCAACUUUAACGAACCUCUAUCGAUGCUGCAAAGAUUGACAGAAGAUUUCGAGUACUCGGAAAUCCUGGAUAAGGCGGCUCAGACUAAAGAUACCUGCGAGCAGCUUGCGUACGUGACAGCAUUUACCGUUUCGAGCUACUCGACGACGAGCAACCGGACCGGCAAACCGUUUAACCCACUGCUCGGGGAAACGUACGAAUGUGAUCGAACCGAUGAUCUCGGUUGGAGGUGUAUCAAUGAGCAGGUUUCCCACCAUCCACCAAUGGCCGCUCAGUACUGUGAGGGACGAGGCUGGCGCUGCUGGCAGGAGUUUACGAUGACGUCCAAGUUUCGCGGCAAGUACAUCCAGAUCGUGCCGCUUGGAUACGCGCACGUUGAAUUUCCGGCUACCGGCAACCGGUACACAUGGCGCAAGGUGACGACGACCGUACACAACAUCAUCGUCGGUAAGCUGUGGGUCGACAAUCAUGGAGAGAUGGAAAUUUUCGGCGAGCGCAACGCGAAGGGUGUCAAGUGCCACCUGAAGUAUCUGCCGUACUCGUACUUUACGCGUGAUACGCAGCGUCGAGUGAAGGGCGUCGUGAUGGACAACGCGAACCAGGUGAAGUGGGUCAUCAACGGCACGUGGGAUAGCAAAAUUGAAAUUGCGCCAGUCACGUCGACCAGCGGGUCGACCGAAAACCCGGUCUACAAGACAGGCAACUACAAAACGGCCUGGACGCGCAACCUCCCACCGCCCGAUAGUGAUAAGUACUACAACUUCACGUUGCUCGCCUGCCAGCUGAACGAACCGGAACCGGGUCUGGCGCCGACGGAUUCACGGCUGCGGCCCGACCAGCGCCUGAUGGAGGAAGGCAGAUGGAACGAGAGCAAUCAAGAGAAGCUACGGUUAGAGGAAGGUCAACGGGCUCGGCGCCGGCAGCGUGAGGCAGAAGCGGAAAAGGCCGCCGCUGAAGGACGGCCCUAUCCACCGUACGAACCGAUAUGGUUCAGCAAGGAAAAGGAAGAGGGCACCGAUAAUCUUGUGCACGUCUACAAGGGAAGUUACUGGGACGCGAAGGCAAAGCAGGACUGGACGAAGAGUCCUACUAUUUUCUAAGAAAACAGAAUCAAAAUAAGAAAACAAUGCGCAAUGGGGUUGCGUAUACGCGACGGGACGGAUUAAACGUGUUUCGCCCCUGACAACUACUAGCGAACAAAGCUGUUAACCACGCACUACCGCUACAUCCGGAAUGCUGCCGCAAGACUAGCUCCUGCCUGUAGUUAGUGGAUGAAAACCGGGGAUUUGAAAGGUUGGGGCGCGAACCUUGAUUCUGAUGGUGGUGGUUGUGGUAGGAAGACACUUUCGGGUAGCAUUCAAACUCAGAUUUGGUUUUAUCGUCUACGCUCGUCGAAUCCUGUCAUACUCCAAACGAUUGAGGCACACCGCUAAGCCUAGAGAGUUGCAUGCCUUGUUUUUUAAGUAAAUUCAAUGAUCAACAAAAACGAAUGAAUAGAAGGCGGCGAAUGUUGCAAAUAAAAUAGUUCACCGGUCCGGUUAUGCCAUCGCUCUUUUGCCGUACCACCCAACCCAACAUUUCAAGUCACGAAAAGAGAUCAAAAGUACAAGCGCUCAAAUGAUGUGUAGCUUGUAAGGAUUCCGGUAACCGAAACCGAAGCACGGUAAAAUUGGAUUUAAUCAUUUCUUUUGCUAUUGUCCCAUGUGAUAUCUAACUUAAGAGAUCCAUGAUUGGGAAAUCUUUAUCAAGUUUCGUUAUCUAUUUGACGAAUGCACACUUUUGUAACUUCUGCUACAUGUUGAUUGUUCUCCUUUUUCCUUUCUCUCUACUUCUAACACUCCUUUUAAGCUGUUAUUGUUGUUACGACUGUUGAUAUAUUUAUGGGAACAUAUUUCUUCCAUGUAGCAUCCAUAUUUAUUUCAAUUUACGUAGAACGGUAGCAUCUUCAAUUCGAGACAAUUACAGAACCAGAGUUAGCCAGCUACACCGUGACACCAAAUCGUUCGCCCCGAACGGGGCUACAGUGAGUGGGACUGAACUUCCUAUGAUUACAACGAAGAACUAAACAAAAAUAUGACAGCACACGGUGAUAUCGCACGACACACUGGAACGAUGCAGGAAGUUAAUAGAUGUUAAAACUAUGGUAACCGCAACGAGACGCAUGCUUAUCAAAGAAACACACACUUGGACGUGAAAAUGAGGAUCGGCUUUCGGGGUUUUCACUGAAAGUAGCUAACAAACAAGACUUGACACGUGAGCCGCGCUGUUAUCACGAGUCGUUUGGUGAAAGAUGAUGUUCAUCUUGGAUACACUUUCUGACAAUUUCUGUUCAACGUUUUUUGAAUAGCGCACGAUUUUAGCGGCGUCGAAAGUUUUUCUUUGUUCUCCUCCGCGUACGACGAUGCGACAGUUGGUGCCGGUUGUUACCAACAUGAGUACGUGAAGAUCUAGCGGUGUACGUAGGUUUUGUAAGGCCCGUCAGAUUUACAAGCCUGAGAUGUUUUACGAUCGGGGAAGGGAUUGAAACGUGUAUAGAAACGUUCGGGUCAAGACAUUGUACGAAAAGCAAGCUGUGACUGAAAGCGUGUGGCGGUGAACCUGCAACUUAGAAUGGUGCCGGAGAAUUUACUCUUUAAUAAAAGCCAAUAUUACGAUAGGUUCUUCCUCAGAGUGCACACAGGGUAAACCGGGGGUUGUAUUCCGACAGCAACAACAUGAUAGUAGCCGUUCGUGGUGGAUGGUGGUUGAGAGGGCAGUAUGGAGUAAAGGGGGAGGGCGAGUCUAUAAAAUAGUUGUUACGCUUAUGAAGCUAUUCAAUGAAGUAAUAAAAUAAUUAACAAAUCGU